AUGUCGGCAUCAAUCUUCUUCCAGCAACAGCAGCAUGCUCACCACGGUGCCGCUGCGCACAUGCAACCUUCGAAUAACCACCACGGCGGACGCUCUCGGCGAGGACCUAAGAUGGCCGCUCAAAACGCCCAGCGCCAGUUCCGGGGUGUAAAAAGCAUGAGGGAGCUCGCUGAAGCUCCCGCGGUGACUGCCUUCCGCGCGAGGUUCGAGGCUGGACGGUCUUUCGACUUGGACGACGACUUGGAGUUCUGCCCCAGUCUCCUGACCGAGGACGAUAGUGAUGCUUUCGACUUUCUGCGAGCGACGGCGCCUGCGAUUCGAUUUUUGCAUUUUCACAUUUCAGACGAUACCUUGUUUUUUAUUCUUCGGUUAGGGAAAAUACGUCCUUUUGACCUCGUGUCGUUUUGGCCGCGAUGA